UGUUUCAUCUGUGUUCGUCUGCAUGUCCGAACACGUGAAAGUAGGAAAGCAACGGUGGUAGAAAAGUACAUUAGCUUUGCGUUAUCCACGAAAAUUAUCUGUGUGUGAACAGAGCGAUGUCGUUACGUGCUUUUCCUUCGUUAUUCAAUCGUGCACUGCGCUAUACAGGCUGUCGCCCUGCGUUGCUGGGGCCUGCUUCCAAAAGUAUGCACGUCCACGCAGCUUAUGAGAGUCCUAUACGACCGGCCGCUUCUGUGGCGGUAGGAUCGAGGUGGGAGAGAUUGAAGGAGAGCGUGAAGUGGCAGUUUGUUACCCAAGAUAAAGUCAGAAUAGGAUGUGUUUACGUCUACGAAAGCUGUGUUGACAAAGUGGAUUACAGGACAUUCUUUUCUUAUUUAAAACUUGAGGACACCUUUUUAUCGUGGUUUCUCGUCACUGAGCUCCACGUAUGGAUGUGCAUGACGCGCGGUAUGGCCGAACUAGACGAUCGCCGAGCACUUUGCAUUCAGCACGAGAUUGCUCGAAACAUGUGGACUGAUGCGGAGAAACGUAUAGGAAAAGUUGGGUAUGUGCGAAACAAAGUAAAGAGAGAAUGCUUGGCGGACCUCAGCGACCACUUCAAUGCAAUGCUGAUGCUGUAUGAUGAGGGUCUCCAGGGAGAUGACAAGGCACUUGCCAAUGCCCUUUGGCGUGUUCUUCUCAUGUGUGAAGGCAGAGAUCCCGUGGCACUAGAGACACUUGUGCACUACGUGCGAAAACAGGUUCAUAGGCUCGACAAGAUGACACUGGAUCAGUUUUUAGCAGAAUACAGCAUAAGCUGGACACCUUUGUUGGAGUGUCAGAGCAAAAAGACUUACUAGUGCUGGAGCCUCUACAGUUCAUUAGGAAUAUAUAUGCCAGCGUGUGUGUGAUAGUGUAUAUAAUAAAAUAUUGUUUGCUCAAAUUCUUGCAAUUGCUGCUG